CUGUAAUCGUGCUGUCAAGUCUCGACUUUUCGAUCAAUAAUAUUUUGAAAUUGGAUGUUUUCUCGUUCCUGUUUUCUAAUUAUAUUAUUCUACAAUGGAUGUAACAGAAAUCUUAAACGAGGAACAUUUUCAAGCAGAGAUAGCUAAAGCCGGCACAAAGUUAGUCAUUGUGGACUUUUAUGCGACAUGGUGUCCACCAUGUCAGAGUAUUGCACCAUUUUUUGCGAAGCUACCUGCAAAAUUCCCUCAAGCAGUGUACCUCAAAGUGGAUAUAGAUAAGUGCGAAGAAACUGCAAGAAAUCAACAUAUAAAUGUUAUGCCCUCAUUCAUAUUCUUCAGAAAUGGAAUAAUAAUUGACAAUAUUGCUGGUUCAAAUAUCCAGUCGCUACUGAACAAAGUAAAUGAGCAUUAUGGUACUGACGGAUCUGGAGAUGAUGUUGCUGGUCAUAGUAAUAAUAGUGUUACUGUAAGUGGUAGCAAAAUGCCUCCAAACAAGGAAGAUAUUUUACGACAGUUUUGUGAUGUUACCGGCGCAGACGACAACCGAAGUAAAUUCUUCUUAGAAUCUUCUAAUUGGCAGCUAGACGUGGCACUAUCUAGCUUUUAUGAGCACGGAAGUAAUAUGGAGGAGGCUAACACACAACCGUCAUCAGCUCUCCCACAGCUGUCAGACAGUGAUAUGGAGUCCCCACCACAGUCACCCGGUCCACCUCAGAAGAAGGACAAAAAAAAGUCUGCCAACCCACAAUUUGCGACUUUGGCCUCUUUGCAACAGGAUAGUUCCAGCGAUGAAGAAGGUGAAGCUUUCUAUGCAGGUGGGUCAGAACGAUCUGGACAACAGAUAUUAGGGCCACCGGGUAAAGGAAGGAAGGAUAUUAUUUCAGAAAUGUUCAAGAGCAUUAGAGAACGUGGUGCAGUUGCUUUUGAUGAGGAGACAUCUUCAACCAGUCGUGGUCGAGGAGGAGUGUUUGGUGGUGUUGGAUACAGAUUAGGUCAAACAUCGGACGACCAUGAACAGGUUACUCCGGGGCGGCAAGGUGGGCAACAGGACAACCAGCCGCGUUCAGUUCGCCUGCAGCUGUACCGCGAGGGUUUCUCCGUGGACGGCGGUGCUUUGCGCCAGUACUCCGACCCUGACAACGCGGAAUUCCUCAACUGCAUACGACGGGGGGAGAUACCAGCGGAACUGUCGGGCCGUGGUGAAGUAAGACUGAGCCUGGAAGACAAGCGGCAUGAUGACUGCGCGCACGCCGCCGCGCCCAGACAUCAGGCCUUCUCCGGCAAAGGACACUUGCUCGGAAGUCCGACGCCUGCGACGGUGGGUGCAACGGUAGCGGUGGCGUCGUCGUCGGACGACCGCGCGGCCAACCAACGCGCCGCACAAGCCGCCGUCGCACUUGACGAGAGUAGCCCUCUAACCACCGUACAGUUUCGCCUGGUCGACGGCAGCCGUCUCACCGGUCGGUUCAACCACACCCACACGGUCGCCGACCUCAUACAAUACGUGUCCCGCGCCGAGCCGAUCUACCAGCUUCAGCCGUUCACUCUGCUCACAAGCUUCCCGAGCAGCGAACUGACUGACCGCGCCGCCACCCUGGCGCAGGCCAACCUACUCAACACCACUCUGCUCCAGCGGCUCAAGUAAUGCGAGCCUCCAAAAGCUGGUGUCACAUUAAUUAUUACUAUUACACAUUCAAUGUACUCUUCAGUUUCAUAUGUAACACGAAAAUCCAAUUUAAAUAAAAACAUAUUUUUUUUUGUCAAAAAUUAUUGGAAAUUUGAGCAUUAUUUUGACAACCUUCUUUAAUUAUCUCGAAAUUUUUGUUGUGGCCAAAUAAAUGUGAGUAGUGCAUGAAAUUCCAUAUAAUAUGUCAAAUUAAUUACAUAGUAAGCUCGUAUCUGUCUUGUAAUUUGAAAAUGGAACGAUCUUUUAAUACGGAACAUUGCAAAGUUGCUUGCAAAUAUAAAGCUGUUUAUUGAAAAAAAAAAAAAAAACAUCGCAUAGGCCGCUGCAGUAAUGUACUACAUAUAUUUCUCA